GGCCUCCGGGAGGGGCGGGCGGGACUGACCUAGCCGCCCGGCUCCCCUGCCAUCCGCGUCUGUGCCGUCCCUGGGGCCUGGUCAAUGUCCCGGGCGGCGGCGGCAUGCGGCUCCUGUUCCUGGCGGUGCUGCGGCCGCACACGGGGAACGCGGUCACGGCCCAGCGCGUCCGGGCCCAUCUAGAGGCUGCAGGGCACGUGUGCCUUCUGAGAGAUGCCUUUGACUUUGAAAGCCCAUCUGAGAUUGCAAACCUCAUCUUGGCUGAGAACUGCGAGGCUGCCCUGGCUCUUCAUCUCUAUAGGGGAGGCCGCCUUUUGCAAGGCCACCGAAUCCCUUUUGGAAUCAUCUUUGGUGGAACUGAUGUAAAUGAAGAUGCCAACCAGAAGGAAAAAAACACAGUGAUGAGAAGAGUUCUCGAGGAAGCCAGAUUUGCUGUCGCUUUCACAGAGUCAAUGAAGGAAAUGGCACAAGCGCAGUGGCCGCAUGCUAAGGGUAAGAUCUACGUCCAGAGUCAAGGAAUUGCAACAACACCAAAUGCCGCCUUUAACUGGAAUACCUUUCUUCAACGUUCAGAGAUUAACCAAAGUGCUGACAAUUUGCACAUAUUUCUUCUGAUAUGUGGACUUCGACAAGUGAAGGACCCUCUCUACCUGGUGGGCGCGUUUUCAGAAUGGCACCAGGAGGAGCCCAAUGUGUACCUGGUGAUUGUGGGGCCUGAGGUCGAUCCAGUGUUUACAAGGGAAGUAAAAGCCAAAGUGAAAAGGGCCGCUGGGGUACGACUGAUUGCAGAGAUGCCUCAAGGAGAUCUGCACGCCGUGGUGAAGAACUGCUUCGCGGUGGUGAACAGCUCUGUCUCUGAAGGCAUGUCAGCCGCAAUUUUGGAGGCGAUGGAUUUAGAAGUUCCGGUGUUGGCCAGAAACAUCCCCGGGAAUGCUGCCGUGGUGAAGCAUGAAGUCACAGGGCUACUGUUUUCCACUCCUCAGGAGUUUGUUCAUCUGGCAAAGAGACUGGUCAGUGAUCCUGCAUUAGAAAAGGAAAUUGUAACGAACGGAAAGGCGUACGUGAGAAUGUAUCAUUCAUGGCAGGUGGAAAGAGACACCUACCAGCAGCUCAUCAGGAAGCUGGAAGGCUGCAGUGAGGACUGAGGACAGGCCUCAUCGGACACCUGCUCUCCGACACAUGGCUCUGGGUGGACACUCAGAGUCUGGGUCACGUGGGUCCAGUCCAGUUCAAAUCAAACCAACCUUAGCAGAAUCCUAGAAAACGUUGGCCGUGAGUCCGCAGAGACACUGCGUUCAUCCCGUAUCUUUCUGUGGUUCAGAUGCUGACCCAGGCGGGUUCACCCUCCAGUCCUGAGGGAGGUGCGACUGGGACAGGGAAAGGGAAACUGGUUUCCAGGGAAUUUGGGAGAGAAUUUGGUUACCUGCUCUAGGGCUUUGGUGCAGACAAGAGAGGCUUAUUUUCAGGCAGUCAUGGUUCAGGCCCCUCACCUGCCUCCUGACCGACCUCUCCCCGUCAUGGCUGGUUUCAAAGGCAAAAGCAAAAAGCAGACGUGUGAGCCAGGCCGAGUCCUAGCAGCGUUUCUGUUGUGAUCUCAACUCUGACAGGCAUGCGGGUGGCCCCAGUCUUCUCUGAACACUAGAAAGCGCUGCGAGUGAGCUCACGCCCGGCACAUGUCACUUUUCAAGGGUGGAAUUACAAGUUGUGCCUUUUAGAAAGGCGGCCAGGCUGCUCAUAGGCCCCACCCACCUGCUCAUAGGCCCCACCCACCUCUUGGCAGAAUUUGAGUGGAAAACCAGGUAGAAGCAAACGCCAUGUCCCCCGUAGCCUGCAGAAUGCUCCAGUGAGCCUGAGAUGGAGGCCUGGGGCUUCUGGUUCUGGGGUGGGCCCUUCCCCUUCCCACAUCAGGGACACGGGGAUGGGGGUCGGAAGGGUCACCGGCCUCCAGCCCUUGGCAGGACGGAACUUAGGUCUGCAGGGCUUUGCAGCCACCCAGCGAGGUCCUCCCGGGGCCAGCCCCGCUGUCAUGGUAAUGGAGACCUCUCCCCGUCCAUGUCAUCUGCGUCACAUCAGGACAUGCAGUCUUUCCUGUCCUUUGCGAUCUCGUGUGGUGUAAUUUCAUGUUUCAUUCUGCCGCCUCCAUCACAGAACAGAAUCGCUUUCUAGAAAGGCAGUUAACGGGAACCAGCAGGCUCCCGGUGGUGGGACAGCGGCUCAACAAUACCUCCCAUCGCCCCUCCUCCCCAACCUUUUUUUCCUCUGAGGGGCCCAAGGGUUACGGCGUUCAUGACUAGCUAUGGGGACAGAGGAGGGAGCGGCAGAGCCUGGGUCCGGAGAGGACAGCCUGGUCUGAAUCUGGAAUAAUUGACGCCACCCACAGAAAAGGCCCUGCAGGGCCGGUGUUGUCUUAGAGCUAAUGAUGCUGCUGUUUACAAAGCGCUGAUUGUCCGGAAGCUCGAGUCUCUUCCUCCUUGAGUGACCCAGUCGCUGCCUGACUGCCACGGUACCUCCGCACCACCACGUCUUUGUAGGAGAAUGUGCACGUGCCCCAUGCCCUAGGGAGAAGGGCACGUUUUAAAAUUAAUAAAAAGUGUCACCACCAGCCAUGUGAAAA